GGCCUCAGAAUCUAUCACGUAUACAAGUACAUCACCGCAGCUCCACUCGUACGCUAAGAAGUUACGGAACUCCCCCACGUGAAGUAGCAAAUGCCCAAGACAUGAGUUGGCCAAUGUUUUGUUCACGGCACGAUUGGAAUUUGUAAUCUCGCAGAAGAUAAUGCGACCCUUUUGAUUAUCAUAUGAUCAAAUGGGCCGCGUCGUAUAGUAUUGAAUCGGGUCCGUCUGAGCUCAUUCGUUCAUUUUAGCGCCAGCCAAAUACAGGCGCUUUGUAAGUCUACCUUGACUUGCUUCGCGUUCUUUGCACUGUAAAGCUUCUCGCUUUUGGGUUCUCCUUUGCUCUCUCUGUAUCUCUCUCUAGGACUUGUCUUUUGCCCGCCUUGUCUGAGCUCCCAGUUGGGUUCUCUGAUUCGGUCCUUACUUUGACCAACACCUCGCGGAGGAAGUAGCGAUUCUUGCUGGGCAUUUUGUCAGGUGAAAACUGUAUAGUAAAAUCCGUUGGGGCUUGCUCAUUGAUUCAUGGAGACUCCUGGGGCCAGUCAUUUGUUGAGGUACAGAAAAUUGGAGGGCUUCUUCAGUCCUAGCACUUCCGAAGAUAUAGGAGCACCAUCAAAGGUUGCGGUAAGGGAAGAGGUGGGGCGGCGGGCUGACAUGUUCUUGGGUGAUGAUGGAUGGGUGUCUAUAGUGAUAUCAUGGUUAAAAAUUAUUGCGUGCUUUAUGACGAUGAUGGUGACAACAAUCAUCUGGGCACUAAUCAUGCUUGUGCUGAUUCCGUGGCCAUACGAAAGGGUUCGGCAAGGGAAUGUUUACGGCCAUGUGACUGGUAGAUUGCUGAUAUGGAUCUUAGGGAAUCCUGUGAAGAUUGAAGGUUCUGAGUUUGCUGAUGAGAGGGCUAUUUACAUCAGUAAUCAUGCAUCUCCAGUAGAUGUCUGUCUUAUAAUGUGGUUGACUCCCACUGGAACUGUUGGCAUUGCAAAGAAAGAGAUUAUUUGGUACCCUCUCUUUGGACAACUUUAUGUGUUGGCGAAUCACCUCCGCAUAGAUCGUUCGAAUCCAACUGCUGCCAUUAAGUCAAUGAAAGAGGCAGCUUGUGCUGUGGUAAAAAACAAGCUCUCUCUAGUCAUUUUCCCUGAGGGGACCAGGUCGAAAAAUGGACGAUUGCUUCCCUUCAAAAAGGGUUUUGUCCACUUGGCAUUGCAAACCCGCCUCCCUAUAGUUCCUAUGGUCCUAACCGGGACUCAUCGAGCGUGGACGAAGGGCAGCCUACAUGUUCGAUCUACGCCUCUCACUGUAAAGUAUCUCCCUCCUAUAAAAACUGAUGAAUGGGUGGCCGACAAGAUUGAUGACUACGUAAAAUUGGUGCAUGACCUAUACAUUCGGCACCUCCCAGAGUCCCAGAGGCCUCUCGUGGCCCCUGAUCCUAGUAAUAAGUCGUGAGGGAAAAAUGUCUCUCUUGUAAAUACUUUGGCUAGAGAGUUGCCGUAUCAAGUACUACAGUAACCAAUGGCCCGUAUAUUCUUUUCCAGUUGGGAAAUAGGGGUGGCUUUUAGUCUUUAUGGGUCAUGUUGUACUAUCUGAUCAGAUUGGAAUCUGAGCAACAUAAUUGGAUGCUUUGUUUCAGAUGAACAUUUCUCUGCCACGACUUUUGUAGUGUAGUGAAGUGGACAGAGGUGGACUCCUCACUUUUCAA